AUGAUCAUUCCUAGUCUGCUAGCCCUCGCUGGGGUUGGCUUUGCUGCCCUCGAGCCCAGGCAGAUUAUGCACCAGGCGAAGGAUGUACCUUCUUUCAUCACAUCGCGCGAUCUUUCAGAUGCAAAGAAUUCGCCUUGCAAGUUCUUGAGUCAGGCCUACGAGGAGGCCAACCCCGAAAAAGGAGAACCCGUUAUUCUCGCUAUUCCUCCCUCAGUUGGCAUCGCCUGCCUCAAGUCUGUCCCUCUGGACAAGAAGCGAGACUUGGAGUUACUCGAUUACCUUCAACCUUUGAUCGAGUUUCAGAGUACACUCGAGAUUCUUGCUGAGCCCCCAAAAGAGUAUCUGUUUCCCGGAGUGGAUGUUUUGGGUGGCUUCGAUACUAUUCGAAGUAGGUUAGAGAACAACAAGUACAAGACUCAAUAUGAAGUCAUGACCGAUUUGCGAAGUAUUUUUGUCGCUGCCUACGACAGCCACUUCGACUAUCCCCCGGCUCUUCUCAAUGCCUUUAUGUAUGUCCGACGAGGCAUCGACUUUGAAUCCGUCUCAGCCAAUGGCGUCCGCCUACCCUUCAUCUUUUCCCGUGUCGAUGUAGCCCGUGGCACACAAGGUAUUCUCGACUAUUCCCCAUCGGCUGUCAAAAGCAUCGAUGGCACCCCGAUCGCCGAGUGGCUUGAGGAAGAUGCCUCUCGCCUUGCUGCCAAUGCCCAGGAUCCUGAUGCUCAGUAUAAUGGUCUCUUUGAGUCCAUUCCUCGCGGUGCUGUUGGCUCAUCAGCAAGUACGCUCUACACUCAGUUCGAAAUUCCUGAUACAUAUACCAUCGAAUUCCACAACGGUACCAAGAAGCUGGUACAUAAUGAAAUAAUCGUCCCAGCAACUGUUGACUUAUCCGGUAUCGAGUCUGGAGAAGAUUUCCACAAGUACAUCGAGGUCAUGCCCACCAACAUGACCUCUGAAGAGCCUCCUGUCAAUAAGCGCCGUUCCACCCGGCAGUCAUCCAAAAUCAUCCCUGGAUACCCCGUACCCAUCGCGAAACAUUCAGCCGAUUCUGUAGCUGCGUACUUCCUCGAAGGGAAAGAGUUCGAAGACACUGCUGUUCUUUCCAUUUUGAGCUUCGUCCCUAUUGGGCUCGAUCUUGUGAAUCCUCCUCCUGGCUUCAGCAUGACCAAAUUCAUCUUCGAAGGGCAAGCUGUUGUGCUUGAGCUUAUCCGCCAGGCCAAAGCAGCUGGUCGCGACAAGCUCAUUAUCGAUCUGUCUGCCAACGGCGGUGGCUCGGUUGUUCUGGCACAUUCCAUCUACCGUCUGUUGUUCCCUGAUGGCGAGUUCACCGGUUGGGAUCGAUAUCGCGCCAAUGCUGCCCUUGAAGCAACCGCUGAGGCCGACUAUGACAAUCUCGUCAGGGUCUUGAUCACCAAAUCAGAAUACUACCCCGUCGGUGCUGAUGGCGAGGCUCUCAAAACCGGUAAGGACUUCUUCGGUCCGUACACUGUUAAGGGACAAAAUGUCACUGCGGCUUUCCAGAUCGACAAGACUGUCCCCUGGGAGCCUAGCAUUCCUGCUUACAUCAACGGUUUCGACCCCAAGAUGAAGCCUUAUGUGGCAGAAGCUCCGUGGAAGCCCGAAAACAUCCUCAUUGUCACCGACGGUAUCUGCGCAUCAGCUUGUGGUAUUCUGACCGGCCUUCUCACUCGCAACCAGGGUAUUCGCACGCUUGCUCUUGGUGGCCGACCUCUGAAUAACGCUAUGCAAGCAAUGGGUGGUGUCAAGGGGACUUUGCUUAACUUCAACCACCACAUUGUCAGCGCGAUAGCUGAAGUCCAAGCUACAAGCACUGGCGAAGAAGCACAUGCUGUUCUCAGCGAUGCGUCUGCUUCAUUCCCCAGCUUGUCGAGUCCGCCUCUUCUGCCCCUUCCUAAUGCUGGCAGGGUAAACUCGCUCAACGGCUACACUGAAGAUGAUCUUGAAGGAUACCCAGUGCAUUUCAGAUAUGAAGCAGCCAACUGCCGUCUGUUUUAUACUCAGCUCAUGUUGGCCUCACCUGUUGUCACCUGGAGACGUGCUAGAGGUGUGGCAUGGAACGAUGAACCAUGUGUUCCGGGUUCAACCGCAAACAAGAACGGGAUGAUUGGUGACGACACACUCAAGUAUGACUCUCGGGUCCGCAGUCGAGCGAGUAGAAUAAAAGGGCCUGGUAUGUUGAAGAAGUGA